UCUGGGUCCGAUUCUGGAAAAUUUGUGUUUUUUUUGUGUUUUUGUUUUUUAUGUUGCUGAAAGUAAAAGUUACUUGAACUUCAGCCAUUUGGCCUCAUUGAUGUUUGAUCAAUAUCUGCAAUCUGUUGCCGUUUACCUCAAGUUUCUGAUCAAUAAGCGAAGGAAAAUCUUCCUCUGUUUGUAUCCGACUGAAAUCUGAAAAAAGAAAAACUUUAUUGCUCAGUUUGUUAAAACAGCAACGCAACCUGAACAUCUGAAAAAGUGAUAAAACGUUAGAGGGAGCAGCUGAUAUCAAAUGUCUUUAUCGUCAUUCUGCUUUAAUUCAGCCGCAUUGGAGGGUUUCCCAGCCUGAGUGGCCUAGUUAAAGGCUGGCAUCAAGUCCAGGCUUUAACUAGGUCACUUCAAAACAUUCAUGUUUUUGUUAUUUGUUUUGUAUCAAUGCUGAAAGUCACGAGUUCAAGGUCACAACAUGGCUUUAGGUUGGUUCUGCAACUGUUAAAGACAUUUGCUCUAGGAAGUUGUUAUGUUAGGGACAGUUGCUGUGUUAGGGGCAGUUGCUGUGUUAGGGGCAGUUGCUGUGUUAGCGACAGUUGCUGUUUUAGGGACAGUUGCUGUGUUAGCGACAGUUGCUGUUUUAGGGACAGUUGCUGUGUUAGCGACAGUUGCUGUGUUAGGGGCAGUUGCUGUGUUAGGGACAGUUGCUGUGUUAGCAACAGUUGCUGUGUUAGGGGCAGUUGCUGUGUUAUGGACGGUUGCUGUGUUAGGGGCAGUUGCUGUGUUAGCGACAGUUGCUGUUUUAGGGACAGUUGCUGUGUUAGGGGCAGUUGCUGUGUUAGGGACAGUUGCUGUGUUAGCGACAGUUGCUGUUUUAGGGACAGUUGCUGUGUUAGCGACAGUUGCUGUUUUAGGGACAGUUGCUGUGUUAGGGGCAGUUGCUGUGUUAGGGACAGUUGCUGUGUUAGCGACAGUUGCUGUUUUAGGGACAGUUGCUGUGUUAGGGGCAGUUGCUGUGUUAGCGACAGUUGCUGUUUUAGGGACAGUUGCUGUGUUAGGGAGAUUUGCUGUGUUAGGGGCAGUUGCUGUGUUAGGGACAGUUGCUGUGUUAGGGGCAGUUGCUGUUUUAGGGGCAGUUGCUGUGUUAGGGAGAGUUGCUGUGUUAGGGGCAGUUGCUGUUUUAGGGGCAGUUGUUGUUUUAGGGGCAGUUGCAAUGUUAGGGACAGUUGCUGUUUUAGGGACAGUUGCUGUGUUAGGGACAGUUGCUGUGUUAGGGGCAGUUGCUGUUUUAGGGGCAGUUGCUGUGUUAGGGACAGUUGCUGUUUUAGGGGCAGUUGCUGUUUUAGGGGCAGUUGCUGUGUUAGGGACAGUUGCUGUUUUAGGGACGGUUGCUGUUUUAGGGACGGUUGCCAGAGACAGGUUUUGCCGGACGUCUUGUUUUUCUAGGAUCUUUUUUGCCUACUUCCUGUUGUCAGUCAGGUUCUAAUAGGUGAUUCUUUUGCAGGUUGUGCGGUAAUCAGGUCGAACUGAACCACAUUUGGUUAAUUAUACGUUUUCUUUUUCAGUAUUUAAUUACAUUUCCAGGUUGCGUUUAUUCUUGUUAACUUUGCUAAAACGUUUUGGCACCCUUCAGCGUUUCUGAAAUCUUCUGGUUUCCUAAAUUGGUUUGCUAAUCUCUCCUCC